GUAUCCUAUCCUACUACUCCUACUCAGCAUCGCCGGCUGUUUAUUGUCUCAUCUAGCGGAAACGGAACGGGAUAGUUGGCCGUUGCUACGUGGCCCGCGUUGACGUGGCGAUUUCAGUUUACAGAUAAAAUGUUGACCUCCCUGUAUGUCUUACUGGUGGUGACGGCAGUAUGUGCCGGAGUACCAGAGGACACUAAAAGGAUGAUGGAUCACCUCUCUGAUGCCGAGCACUUCAAGAAUGACCACCACAACAAGCAGUUUGAUCAUGAAGCCUUCCUUGGGGAGGAUCAGGCCAAGACUUUUGAUCAGCUGCCUCCUGAAGAGAGUAAAAGGAGACUGGGUGAACUGAUCGUAGACAAAAUAGACGUGGACGGCGACGGUUUCGUGACCCUUGUGGAACUGAAGGACUGGAUUCGGUACACACAGAAACGGUACAUCGAGGAAGAUGUGGAGCGUCACUGGAAACAGCACAACCCGCAAGGCGCUGAGACCAUUCCUUGGGAGACGUACCAGAAAAACGUGUACGGCUUCAUGGAAGAAAUGUCCCCGGCAGAGCUCACGGCACCGAACAGCGAGGGCUUCACAUACUCCAACCUUCGCAAGAGGGAUCGUAGGCGCUGGACCUACGCUGAUGGGGAUGCGGACGACGCGCUGAACCGUACAGAAUUCGCGUCGUUCCUGCACCCCGAGGACCAUCCCAACAUGCGCGACAUUGUCGUGCUAGAGACGCUCGAGGACAUCGACAAGGAUAAGGACGGUAAAGUAUCCCUGGAGGAGUACAUCGGCGACAUGUAUCAAGCCGAGGAGGGCGAGGAGGAGGAGCCCGACUGGGUCAAGCAGGAGCGUGAGCAGUUCACCGGCUACAGAGACACAAACAAAGACGGUCACAUGGACGCGAACGAGGUGAAGGACUGGAUCGCGCCGCCCGAGUUCGACCACGCGGAGGCGGAGGCGCGCCACCUCGUGUUCGAGGCGGACGGCGACGCCGACGAGCGCCUCACCAAGCCCGAGAUCCUCGACAAGUACGACCUCUUCGUCGGCUCACAAGCCACUGACUUCGGAGAGGCGCUCGCCCGCCAUGACGAGUUCUAGAACGUUCCCGGAUCUCUAGCCGAGUCUCCAUCGCGGGCGAAGCAGACUUAUUAAUGAGGAAUGAUUUAAUUUCAUGUAAACCCAGGGACUUUAAUCGAUGAGCCAUAUAGUCAAACUAAAUUUGCGAUUUUAAUGUGUUCGAGGUUAACAGCGUCGCCUCACCGAGCUUGAGAUCCUCGACAAGUACGACCUCUUCGUCGGCUCAUAGGCUACGGACUUCGGAAAGGCGCUCGCCCGCCAUGAUGAGUUCUAGAACCUUCCCGGAUUUCUAGCCGGCGAAGCGGACUCAUUAAUGAGCAAUAACUUAAUUUCAUGUACACCCAGGGACUUUAAUUGUUGAGCCAUUUAGUAAUUUUAAUGUGUUCGCCCGCCAUGAGGACCUUCAAGGAGCUGUAGCUGAGUCUCCAUUGGGGACGAAACAGACUAAUUAAUGAGCAAUUACUUAAUUUCAUGUACAGUGAGCUGCAAGUGUACGUUCAAAUUGUUAAUUUAAUGGAAAUUACAUUCCUAUAAUAUUUGAAAUCCUUUGCUUCCUAACAGAGCUCUCUGUCAUAAAUUACAUAGGACUUACUUGACGAAAUUUACCAUUUCGAGACUUCUAUACGACGAAAUGUCAGAAAUCGGAAGAUGGUAUAACUUAGUGCCAAAUGCCAAUACUUCUUUACAACCAGCGUUACACUUGUGAAUUGUACAUGGACACGAGUUCAGUUGGAAACAGUUUUUACAAAAGUUGGAUUGUUUCUCGCUAGCAACGUACAAAAAUCUAAUAUAAAAUUGCGCAGAGACUUUUUGCAGUUAGCGUAAAUUAACAGAUUAUAUUUGAAUAACAAAAUGUAAACUGGUUUGUUUACAUUACUUUUAAAAUCUCUACUAGCUGCAAAAUGCUACUGCAUAAUAACUUAGAAAAUACAUAUAAUGGCAGUUAAAGGCAACUUAUUCCUUUAUGCUUAAUACUUUAAAAUUCUAACCCAUUCCAUGUCGGCAAUCUCUAUCUCAUAUACAGUACUUAACACGUAUUUUUAUAAUUAUGACUUUGCCAUAUUUUUCUACUCGGCUCUAAUUAUAGUUGUAAGUUUAGAUUUAGUUCGAGACCAAAGUUCAGUGGAUUUCUUAUCUAUAUUUAAGGUAUUCUGUUGUAUUUUAUAUCCUGUUGAGUCUCAUUAUGAAAUAUUUCAAUUCCUUAUGUAGGUAUGUAAAUCUCCUACUUUUGUGAUAAAAAUAAUAUAUGCAUUUAUCGUAUUUAUUUCGAGCUUUUUGCUAAUAUAUUGUUAAGUUUUGUUAAGUCAAUAACUGAAUAAAUAUUAUGUAAGUCUGGGUUCACUAAUAAUUUAAGUUCUGUACUUUCAGAAAUUAAAUACUUACAUUUUUA